CGAAUCCAUCGAAUUUCAUCACAAACAAGAAACCUGACUGUACAAUGUAAACACGCACCUCGUUGGCCCCUCCCGGGCCGUUUACGGAAGUCAUGAAUAGCCUUUGGCUGGCAUUCAAUUCAAUCAUCAAGUCGAACCAUUGAACUGAGUCAACAUGUCUCCCCCAGCUGCCAUCUUCGAGCCUACUGUUGCCCCUACUGGCAUCAAGGGAAAGGUUGUGGUCCCCGAGACUGCUACUAUUCCAGGCGAUUCACAGACCAAACUGCUCGACCACUUUGGCGGCAAGUGGGACAACUUCAAGUUUGCUCCUAUCCGUGAGAGCCAGGUCUCUCGUGCCAUGACCCGCCGCUACUUCCAGGACUUGGACCGGUACGCCGAGAGCGAUGUGGUCAUCGUCGGUGCUGGUUCGUGCGGUCUUAGCACUGCGUACGUCUUGGCCAAGGCUCGUCCGGACUUAAAGAUUGCUAUUAUUGAGGCGUCGGUUUCCCCAGGCGGUGGUGCUUGGCUGGGAGGCCAGCUUUUCUCCGCAAUGGUCAUGCGUCGUCCUGCGGAGUUGUUCCUGAACGAGCUCGGCGUGCCAUAUGAGGAAGACCCUGACAUGCCGAACUACGUUGUUGUCAAGCACGCAUCUCUUUUCACAUCGACCCUCCUCUCGAAGGUGCUAUCCUUCCCCAACGUCAAGCUGUUCAACGCAACCUGCGUAGAGGACUUGGUGACACGCCCCGGCCCGAACGGCAAUGCCCAGGAAGUCCAAAUCGCGGGUGUCGUCACUAACUGGACGCUCGUCACUCUCCACCAUGACGAUCACUCUUGCAUGGACCCCAACACCAUCAACGCCCCCGUGAUUAUCAGCACAACCGGCCAUGACGGCCCCUUCGGCGCUUUCUCCGCCAAGCGUCUCGUCUCCAUGACCACCAUCGACAAGCUCGGCGGCAUGCGCGGACUUGACAUGAACUCUGCCGAAGACGCCAUCGUCAAGAACACCCGUGAGGUUGCCAAGGGUCUUAUCAUUGGCGGAAUGGAGCUGUCUGAGAUCGAUGGCUUUAACCGCAUGGGACCAACCUUUGGUGCCAUGGUGCUCAGCGGUGUUAAGGCUGCUGAGGAGGCCUUGAGGGUCUUUGAUGACCGCAAGCGCGAGUGUGCUGAGUAAAUCUGUUGAUGAGCGAAAAUAACAGUCCCAGUCGUUCUUUACUCUACUGCAGGGACAAGGAUUAUAGUUAUUGCAGUUUAACGAACC